AUGACAGAUUAUUCGUUACAAACACUCCAAUCGGUACUUUCAAACCCAAAAAUUGUCGAAAUCAACCGAUUAGACACUAGGGCUUACUAUUUACCUAGCGACUCAACAUUGAGUCUUAAUGGGAAUUGGGAUUUCAAUUACUCCCAGUCUCCAUUAAUUGCACCUUUGCCUCACGACAAGAAUGCAGAAUUUCCAGGUAAGUUGAUUGUUCCCGGACAUUGGCAGCUACAAGGAUAUGGAAAACCACACUACACUAAUAUUGUGUUCCCAUUUGCCGUGGACCCUCCAAAUCCACCAUCGCAGAACCCAACUGGUACCUACCGCCGUAAAUUUGUUGUUCCAGAUGAGUGGAAAUCAAAGCCCUUUUUAUUCAGGCUUCGGUUUGAAGGUGUAGAUAAUUCAUUUCAUAUAUUUCUUAAUGGUAAACUAGUUGGUUAUAAUGAGGGUAGUAGAAAUGCAUCUGAAUUUGAUGUUGCUGAACAUAUUUUAUUAGACGACGUCAAUGAAUUAUGGGUCAGGGUUUACCAGUGGUCCUCCUCUUCAUAUAUUGAAGACCAAGACCAGUGGUGGUUGAGUGGUAUUUUUAGAGAUGUCUACUUAUUAGGAUUCAACAAAAGUGGAUUCAUUGAGGAUUUUAAUAUUGUGACCGACUUGGAUAAGAAAUAUGUGGACUCAAUAUUAACAAUCAACCUAAAGAUAAACUUCACUACUUCCAAUUCUAAAUUACAUGUAUUAUUAAAGGGUGAAGGGAAUGAAAUAAUAAAUAAGAUCUUUGAUUUAAAAGAUUCAAAUUUUAAUCAGUCCUUUGAAGUACAAAACCCAUUUAAAUGGACUGCAGAAUCCCCUAACCUUUAUAAUCUUGAAUUAUCGGUUUUAGUAGACAACGAGGUAACGAAUAAGGUAGAACAGGAUGUGGGUUUUCGUAAAAUUGAAAUGAAGAAUGGAACCUUAAGGGUCAACGGUAAGUCUAUAUUAAUAAGAGGGGUUAAUAGGCAUGACCACCAUCCAAAGCACGGCAGAGCAGUACCAUUGGAAUACAUCAAACGUGAUUUACAUAUUAUGAAGAAGUAUAACAUCAAUGCUAUUCGUACAUCGCAUUAUCCAAACCACCCCAAGUUUUAUGAAUUGGCAAACCGUUUAGGAUUUUGGGUUCUUGAUGAAGCAGAUCUAGAAUGUCAUGGAUUCUUUGAAGCAGUAAGAAAGCCAGUUGGGGGUAACGAUGAUGCUGAAUAUGACGAAGAAAAGUUACGUUUAUUCAAAUCAGCAAACCAAUUUACUUCCGAUAAUAAAGAAUGGGAAGCAGCCUAUGUUGAUAGAGCUUAUCAGUUAGUAAAGAGAGAUUUCAAUCAACCUUGUGUAUUUUUAUGGUCGCUUGGAAACGAAGCAUUCUAUGGCUGUAACCAUAAAUCAAUGGUUGCGAAAAUUAGAGAAUUAGACACUUCGCGCCCAAUUCAUUACGAAGGAGACCUUCAAGCAGAAUCUACGGACUUAUAUAGCAGAAUGUAUCCUCUGUUCCAGACCAUCGAUAAGUUUGUGAAUCAAUCGGAAAAACCAUUGAUUUUAUGUGAAUAUGGCCAUGCAAUGGGAAAUAGCCCAGGUCUUUUAAGACAAUAUCAAGACUAUUUCUACAAAUAUGAUCAGCUUCAAGGGGGAUUUAUAUGGGAAUGGGCCAAUCAUGGAUUAUACGUAAAUAAAGAUGGACAUGAUAUUUAUUAUUACGGAGGAGAUUUCGGUGAAUAUCCUCACGAUGGAGUUUUCAUCAUGGAUGGACUUUUAGAUUCUCAACACAAUCCAACGCCAGGUUUAAUUGAAUAUGCCAAAGUUAUUGAGCCUAUAGUGAUUAAAAUAGAUAAAGAUAAAAUAAAAAUUACUAACAAGUUUGAUUUUAUAGAUUUGGAUAAUUACGCUGCAGCAUACCAGGUAGUCAAUUACUCGGACUUGGAUAGAAAAAUAAUCAAGAGGGGUGAAUUUACUUUACCUAAGAUUAAUGCGCAAGAAACUAUUGAAGUAUCAUUACCAGAAUAUCCGCAAACUGUUUCUAGCGGCACAAAUUACCUAGAGGUUCAGUUCAAGACAAUAAACCAAACAGAGGCUGUUGAAAGCGGACAUAUCGUGUCAUGGUCACAGUAUGAAUUAGAAAAGUUUCCAAGAAGACCUGCUCAUCAAUCUUAUGAUAGAAAUUUGGUUGAAUUUGCUGAGGAUAAGCUAAAGCUUCAAAUAAAGAGUCCCUACACAAACUUUGUAUUCGAUAAGAUCUCUGGGUGUAUUUCAAAUUGGCAAAAUGAUACUAACAAUAUAAUUUCGAAAGGUAUUAAUAAUUUAACCUUUUGGAGACCGAGUAUUAAUAAUGACGCGCCGGUAGAUGAGCCAUACUGGCGCCGAUUUGGUCUUGAUCAUAUGCAAUACAAUAUUAGAGACGUUCAGAUCGAUAAGUUUCCUGAUUCAGAAAGGAUAGCUUUAAUACGAGUCGAAUCUUUAAUUUCACCACCAGUUUUAUCUUGGGGGUUUAAAACUAUUCAAGAAUAUUCGAUAUUUACGAAUGAGAUAAAGAUUUAUACAAAGUUAAUCCCUGAAGGAUUCAGAGAUAUAUGUAUCCCAGAAACUAUUCCACGGUUGGGAUAUGAAUUUGGAAUCAAUGAUGAAUUGGGGAGAUUCGUUAGAUGGUUUGGCAGAGGUCCUGGUGAAAGUUAUAGUGACAAGAAAGAGUCACAAAGGAUAGAUGUUUAUAGAUUACCAUUUGAAGAACUUGAUUAUUCAUACGAAUAUCCACAGGAAAAUGGUAAUCACGAAGAAACAGAAUGGUUAUUAUUAGAAGGUGACAAUGAGUCGGGGCUUUAUGUUACAAUGGAAGGUAAACGGUUCGGAUAUAAAGCAUCAGACGAAUACGAUGUUCAAGAAGCCAAACAUCCUCAUGAAAUAAAGCAUGGCUCGAAGUAUAUUAGGAUUGAUUACAAGCAACAUGGAGUUGGUACUGGCGCAUGUGGUCCAAGAGUCCUAGAUGAGUUUGAAUUCAAAAUUUCUAAGUCCCCAAUUAUCUUUACCAUUAGCUUAAAAGGUUUGAAAUAG